GUAUGGCCGACUGUACUCCGUGUCCUGCUGAAGUACCUUGCGCGUCAGAUUCAGGCCCUGGUAAAGACAGGCGUCUCGGCGAAAUCAUGCGGGCGCAAAACGUCCUUUCGGGCCGACGCAGCGGCGACCUUUGUGCAAGCGAUUCGAGCUGCCUUCCGCAAGGGUCGGCGAAGCAAGCAGCCUGACUUCACCAAAGUUCAUCCGAAACUGUGGAUGCACAUCGAAGAGGUGCUCCGUGUUCAGCAGCCAAAUCAUGCACCCAACUUGCAUUUCUACUACUGCAAAGCGGCCCAAGAGCUGUGCGAUGGUGCCGAGCUCGGCUCCCUGCGCGAGCUGAAGGGCUCAUCGCUCCGGAAGCUGGUCCGGGCGCUGCUUGAGGUGGAAGGAAGCCAGGCGCUGCCUGCUGGCCUAGAGGCUACUGCACGCCUCAUUCGGCUGGCAGAGGGGGAUCUCGACGUCCCCUUUGUUUGCCAAAAGGCACUUAGUCUACUCCGCAGCUGCGGCCAGCCUGCAUCUGCUUGCCUAGCUGCGAUUGCCGUGCGCUGCUCACUCUCCUUCCGAGACUGGCUCCUGCAACACCACGAAGAAUUUGUGGCGGGCAUCAGCAACGCCUGGGCGCAGCACCGCUCCAUCGAGAAUAUGGAGCUAGUACUUCGCUUCGCCCUUAGCCUCGACGACUUCACCGUGCGAGAGGCGCAGCUUCUCGUGCCCCUCGUGGCCGACACCCUGGAGGCAGAUGCCCGAGCUGAUGCCAGCCUGGCGGCCAGCCGUUUCCGUGGUAGUGGAAACAGGUCUGCCCCGCUCUCGCGCCUGGCUGACCUGUUGGCCGCUCUAGUUUGGAGAGCCAGCGGCUCUUCGGCGGCAGCCGCAGAAGAGAUCUCCAAUCAACUCGAGAAGCGGUGCCUUCCAUGGGCACUGUGUUUGGUGCGUCUGAGUGAGAGUCAUGGCAGAGAGCUUUGCGCAGAUGAAGCCGUGGUCAUCAAGUUGUGUGCUGCUGUGCUCCGGCAGCUGGAUAAGGGCGCACGGCUGCAGAUAGAGCUGCCUUGGCUGCAAGCCUCGCUGGCGUCCCUGCUUUCCGCGACAACCUGGGCUCAUCUUGGGCAGGAGAAAGCUGCGACUGCAGAUGUGCUUGACAGUCUUCUCUGUCGAGAUUUUGGGGCGUCUUUGGCCUCACCAGGUAUUGUGGAAAACCUGCCAGUCAUAACAGCCAGUGCUGGACUUGCAGCGCUGGUCCACAGCGCUGCAGACUACGUGAGGGCCGCUCUGGCACAAGGGACGAGCCAUGCAAGCUUUUGGCACUUGCUUGCGGUCGUGCUGGUCCUUGGCCCGGCAGCUUCGACCAAAGAGCUGAGCCAGGAGUUCCUGCAGGUGGCGCAGAAAGCGACGACAACACAGUCAAAUCCCGCGCUGCGUAGCUGUGUGCUGGCAGCUGCAAGGCUGCAGACCAGCUCCACGGAACAACAGCAGCGGCUGCUCGAAGGCAUGGCAGCAGAGGCACCCGAGUUCGGGGAGAGCUUUCUCCGCAUCAGCGGAACUUCCACGCACCUGGAGGAGCUGCAACGCCCACGGGAGGACGAUGUGAGCGAGGCCUUUGCGGAUGCGGACGACUUCCUGGUUGGGUUUCCACCCCCGGAGCAGUUGCGAAAAGUUCCUGGUGCCGCUUUCGCUGUUGCACUGCGCCACCGCCACACAGCGAGGCUGCGCAGCGUCGCGGAGCUCCGCUGCCGAUCUGCUGCAGCGUCGCUAAAUGGAUCUGCCGAAGGUGCGGGAGCCUCGGGGCUGGGGUCAGAGAUGGAUGAGGUUCUGCUGCUCCAUGUCCGCUCAGCUGUUGCCCUGCGCCGUCAGCGACAGGAGGAGGCUCCACUUGCGUCCAGCGGACACGGGGCAGGUGCUGUGGGCUUUGCUGCGACCUGGGCGCUGUUUGAGUGCCGACUGCAAGCUGCCCGCGCUGCACAGGAUCCGUCAAAGGAAACUGACUUGCAGCAGCAGACUCCGGUCCUGCUUGCGCUGAUUCCUGCAGUAGGCCUCCUGCUGUGGCUGCCCCAGGCUUCAGGUAGUCGGCCUCCGCAGGCACUUGUGGAAAGUCUCCGUCGUCUCCUUCAGUUUGCGCACACCCUGCUUUCCGCACCCGCCGAAAGGUUUGCAAACCUGGCCCUCAGCACGCCAACACCGGAGGCUUUCUGUGCUGCCCUUGCGGGACUGCUGUGGAGGCUGGCUGGCUUCGGCGGCCUUGCGUUAGAGGAGUUUGCCUCCCUCCUCGCGACGGUGGCCGAGAGCAUAGCAGCUGGGAGCCUUGUUUCUGCCGAGAAAUUCAAGCUGCUACUGGCUGCAUCGGUGGUGCAAGGCAACAACGCACCCGUUCUUCGGCAAGUGCUCCUUCAUCUCUGCAAGGCGGAGCCCUGCCUCUCACUGGCAGCCCUUCGCUUGGCUGCAGUGGAUCUCAGCUGGUACCUAGAGCAUCAGCCGAUCUGGCGCCAGCCGUUGCCGGGCCUCGCAGCAACAGCCGAUGCUGUGAUGGAGGCCUGGUGCGCCUCGGCACCGCCCGUCUCCACGCUGGAAUGGGAAUCUUUCCUGGACACAGCAAAGCAGCUGCUUUCAGCCUGCGAGGCAUCGUGGCGCAGGGGUCAGGACGGUGCGCUGCGCUCUGCAUUGCGCCGUCUCUGGGCCAAGGAGGCAGAUGGCCGACCUCAGCCGAAGGCACGUCUCGAAGUCGUGGCCCAGGGCCACUUCGCGCUUGGCGAGCGGGGAAGGGUUGCUCUCGCCUCGGUGUUGACGCAAAGCUUGCACUUUCUGCGAGCACUGGACAUGGCAGAGGAGGUACAGCUGGCCGCUGACACCUGCAUGAGUGUCAUCCCGGAUCUCAUCUUGAAGGAUUCUUCGCCAGAGGUGCAGCUGGACGUGGCCAAGACCUCCAUCCACGUCCUCUUUGAAACGUUUGAGAGCGAUCCACUGCUUGAGGAGCUAAAGCCUCUGGUGGAUCGGGUGAUGACCCAGGAGGCAGCCGACUCUGUGACACUGGUCGGCAUGCAGGUGGCAAUAGAAGUCGCCUGCCAAGGCUACAUGCACCGGGUGCUGCCUCGUAUUUGCGCCGAUGUCCAGGCCCAGCUGCGGUCAACCGUCAGAAAAGCGCUGGGCGUGCUGGACGAGGAGAUGGGGUUCGCGACAGCCUCUGGCACGGAGCCCUCUCCCCUUGCGCUGGUCUUUCGCGCACCAAUCUUCCUCGCUGUGCUCCGCGCUCGGCGCCGGUUGACACAGCUUCCUCUGGCGGACCUUGGGCUUGCGCCUGCUGGCGCAGCAGCUCUACCUGGUCGAGGUCAGCGCUGGGGCCUCGGCCGCCAUUUUGCGGCGGCGGUUGCAGCCAUCGUCUUAUCGGAGGACUUCGCUGCACUGGGCGAAGUCGCCCCAUGCUGCGGCAUGGGCGCGUCUUCAGCAGAGUUCCAGGAACUUUUGGGCGUGCCCCUGGCUGCAUGCGUAGUGCCCCUGAGGCGCAGCCUUGCCGGUCUGCAGGAGCGCCUAGGCGAGCAGCAGGUGGCUACACUCCUGAAGACCAAGGCGGGACAGAUCUUUGCCUUCGCCCUGCAGCUGCCUUUGCUCACCUACGACGAGCCAUGUUACAAAGAUCAGACGAACCCCGUGGCCGUGGCGGCCGCCUUCCGGGAGGUGGCCGGUGCCUACGAGUGGGCGGACACGAAGAAGUUUGUGGCGCGACACUUCCGGGAGUUGAUCUUUUAUCUCGACCCGAUGAUUCGGACUUGGGCACCCUUUGUGCCGAAGGCGGUGCUGGAGCUUCUCCGAGCUGUCGUGGACUGGAUGGGCCAUGUCACCGGGAGCCGGCUACGUCUCCUCCUGGCCCUCUUGCUUCAGCAUGCUGAACGCCUACGUGGGCGAGACCGUAGCGACUUAAGCACCAUCGUUGGACAGGUGCUCACAGCUGCGUCAGGAAACCCCUCCGACGGGCUCGCCCGCCUUGCCCGGCAGCGGGACGAGACCUUGCGCUGGAGCCUGGCGGAGGUCCAACAGCCCGGCGCAGACUCUCGCAGCCCGGCGCUAGCAGUGCUGCUUGGGGUUCUGCGUGCCCUGCGCCAGAACGAGGCCGUCAGCUGGCUUCACCUGCAGCUGGAGAGCAUUCUGCCGAGGUUACCUGCUGAGGUGCAGAAGGCCAUUGGGGAUGCAACAGGAGGUGUGUUGGUCGAGGAAGCUCCGGAUGGGGAGCGUCCCAUCAAACGCUUACGAAGAACGGCCACUGCAAGGCUCGGUACCGACUCGGCGUUGAAGCAGCUGGCCCCCCUGCGCCCUGGCCUUUCAUGGGGGCCAGCGCCUCCUCCAGACCUUGGUUGCGUGGUGCGUGCACUCGAACCCACACCGGGCCUGACAGCUGCGCCUGAAGAGGUGAUGCGGCGGUCCCUUGAGCUCCUGGCACAGGCACAGCCUUUGAAGCAGCUGCGCGAGGAUCCUGCUCUAGCGCGUGCCUUGGCAUCAGGCUUGGCGGCCUUAUGCCCGGUGGCGACCGUCAAGGCUUCUGAAGGGGAGACAUCGGAUCCGGUCGAGCUGCUCAUCCCACGAGCUGCAGGGCGCGUCGACGAGCUCCUCGGCUCGGUUGCUCUGCUGGGUGCAACGCAGCUCCAGGCGCACCCCUCCGCGCGCGUUCGGCAGUUGCUCGGCAACGCCUUGCGGCAUUUGGUGUUGACACAGCGCAGCCUUUGUGUCGCAUCGAAGAAGCUGCUCAUGGAGAUCCUGGAUCCGAAGCAUCUUUUUUUGGAGGACAUCGAGGAUCUCUUGAGCUCUCCAGUGCCGCCCAAGAAACCGAUGGAGAAGGAGAAAGCCCAGGAGAAGGCUCACGAAAUCUCCUUCCGGCUCACGGAGAAGGAGCCCAGCUUCGCGAUGUGGGUAGCUGCUCGCCUCGCCCAGCUGCGCAGCUUUGGCGCUGCAGUGUGGGAUGGUUCUGGCGUCACAGUUCUGGUGGCCUGUGUGCCGCUGGCAGCCCAUGCGCCCUGGUUCGCUGAGCGGUUGCUGGUCGUUAGCCUUCUGAAAGCCGCCACAAUGGCUCUGGGUGGACCCACGUUGGGCAAAGACCUGAGCCUGUUCUUUAAGCAGCCCGUGGUGGACGAAUCGCAAGCGCGCUGCUUGCUGAAGACCCUCCAUCUUCUGAGGGUCUACCAGUCGGGCAUCAAGGGCAGAGCGGUGCCGCAUUUCCCUCAAGAUGCUGGCGACCCAUUUUGGUCCAACCUCGACCUCUUCGCGGCGGCACAAUGCGCUGCGAAGUGCGACUCCAGGUAUAGCUUUCAACUCUUGGAGCUCCACCUGCAGCGACGCCAGCCCGACAUGCCAUUGGAUGAAGCUCUUCAGACUAUCGAAACCGUGACCGGCGUGGAGGCCCUCUUCAAGCCCCCCGCACCUGAAAUCCGGCUGCUGGAAAAGCUGGCCAAAGACUUGCCGGACGACCAGUUUCUGCAUGGCAAUUCGCAGUGGUGUCACCGGUCCACGCGGUUGGCACGUGCAGAGCUGGGUGAGGAUCACCUCACAAGCCUGCACCUCCAUAGUGAGAUACUGGAGGCGGCGCUCCGUGGUGAUGGCUGCGAGGCAGAAGCCCGCUUGGGCCUCGAUGAUACAUUGGGAAGACUCGGACUUCAUCCGCUGCUGACAGCAUCCUCCCUUCCAGAUGAGGAUGGCCCUGCAUGGGAGCGCCGUGCCGAGGCGCUCUGGCGGCUCGGCCAAUGGCCCAGCGCAGUCCAAAACGGAAGAGGCUUUCAUGCAACUCUGCAUGCCGCGUUGUCAGAGAUGGCUGGCACCAUGAGCGUGGUGGAAGGCCCACUGCUGGAGAUGGUGGCCAGCACUAUGGACGCAGUUCGACUGCAGUCUCCGCAGAGCCUCAAGGCUGCAGCCACAAAGUUGCAAUCCAUCGGUGCAAUUUUCAACUGCGUCGACGCCGUGGUGGCUGACAAUGCACCGGCUACAAAAGGGUCGUCAGUGGCGAACUUGGCAGCCAGCUGGCACAAGGUGGGCAGCGGGCAGUUCCUGCAAAUCGAGCAGCAGCUGGCCUUGCGAGCGGCCCUCCUCUCGGCGUCAAAGCAGCCGCUUCAGGAGUACCGCUUCCUUACAGCCCUGGCUGCUUUAGCGCGCGAGGCGGCGCAGUUUCACCGAGGACUCGCCCUGCUCGAGCGGGCACAGCGGACGCGUGAAAAAACGAAGCCGAAUCUGAGCUGCAGGUGGAGGUUGCUUGGUGUUGCUCUAGCAGUCCAGGGGUGA